AGGGGAUCGGACGAUGCUGUGAAAAAUAAUUUGGCUUACGCCUUACCUUAAUCGGAAUCCGUCACAAUGGCGUUCGAUUCCGAUAAUUCUACCUCCUUCGAUGAUACCACCGAACAAAACCCUAACUUUAACUCUAACACUCUCGAAACAACCGAAGAACGAUUGCAGAUUCUGACAUUGGAUGAAUCCAACGGCAUUGCCGACGUCGAGAAGACGUCUAAUCAACAAGGUUUGGGUGCGGCAGAGAAUGGAUUGGUCGUCCCAGAGCAUGAUGGAAGACCGGAGCCUCAAAUCGACGAACCGCUCGCGAGCGGUUCCCCGAUGAUUUCGACAGCGUCCGAAACUGGUGAAGAGGUUCGAGAGCUUUCUUCUACUGGCGUUGCGUUCAGAGACAACUCUAAAACUCUCGAAACAACCGAAGAACAACUGCAGAUGCUGACAUUGGUCGAAUUGAACGGCUUUGCCAACGUCGAGGAGACGUCCAAUCAACAAGGUUUGGGCGAGGCAGAGAAUGGAUUGGCGGUCCUCCCAGAGCAUGAUGGAAGACCGGAACCGCUCGCGAGCAGUGCUCCGAUGAUUUCAACAGCGUCCAAAACUGGUGAAGAGGUUCGAGAGCUUUCUUCUGCUGGCGUUGCGUUCAGAGACAACUCAGAGCUUGAAGCUGAUCAGCCAUUGAGCCCUAGUAGCAGCGGAUACGCUGGAGAAAGGGGUAGCAGCAGUACUACCAGUGCAUCUGGAAUCGAGGAGUUUGAUGGCGACGAAAUCAGUGAAAUUGCUGAAGCAGUGGCUCCACAGGAUGGUUCUGGUGACGCUUCUGCGGAUUCUGUCCCGUGGAUUCCUGGAAAACGGCAUGUCGAUGAGGAUGAUGCUUCAAUUUCUUGGAGAAAAAGGAAAAAGCAUUUUUUUGUUCUAAGUCACUCUGGCAAGCCAAUAUACUCCAGGUAUGGAGAUGAAUACAAGCUUGCAGGAUUUUCGGCAACCUUGCAAGCUAUCAUUUCCUUUGUGGAGAAUGGGGGAGAUCAUGUCAAAUUUGUAAGGGCAGGGAAACACCAGGUGGUUUUUCUUGUCAAGGGACCAAUUUACUUAGUCUGCAUAAGUUGUACUGAAGAACCAUAUGAAGCAUUAAAGGGGCAAUUGGAUCUUAUAUAUGGUCAGAUGAUACUUAUUUUGACGAAGUCAGUAAACAGAUGCUUUGAGAAGAACCCAAAAUUCAAUAUGACACCCUUGCUUGGAGGGACAGAGGCUGUUUUCUCAUCACUGAUUCAUUCCUUCAGCUGGAACCCUGCUACUUUUCUUCAUGCUUAUACUUGCCUCCCUCUUGCAUACCCAACAAGGCAAGCGGCUGGUGCUAUACUGCAAGAUGUUGCUGAAUCUGGGGUCCUUUUUGCAAUAUUGAUGUGUAAGCACAAGGUUGUCAGUCUUGUUGGUGCACAAAAAGCUUCCCUUCACCCUGAUGAUAUGCUGCUACUUUCCAAUUUUAUCUUGUCUUCUGAAUCCUUUAGGACAUCCGAAUCAUUCUCACCAAUCUGCUUGCCAAGAUAUAAUCCUAUGGCCUUUCUUUAUGCUUAUGUUCGUUACCUUGAUGUAGACACUUACUUGGUGUUGCUUACGACUAGUUCUGAUGCUUUCUAUCAUCUUAAAGACUGCAGGAUUCGUGUUGAAAUGGUCCUUUUGAAGUCAAAUGUUCUCAGUGAAGUUCAGAGAUCCACGCUAGAUGGUGGUCUGCAAGUUGAGGAUCUUCCUCUCGAUCCUUCUCCUCGCUCGGGAUCUUUAUCUCCCCAUUUGGGGCAGGACAGACUUUUGACUGAAUCUCAGGAGAGAUUCAAAGAAGCAUAUGUUGGAAUUGGUGGUCCUGCUGGACUUUGGCAUUUCAUUUAUCGAAGCAUUUACCUGGAUCAGUAUGUAUCUUCAGAGUUCUCACCACCAAUUAACAGUUCCAGCCAGCAAAAAAGACUCUAUAGAGCCUACCAAAAGCUGUACGCUUCCAUGCAUAAUCGAGGAAUUGGGCCCCAUAAAACUCAGUUUAGAAGAGAUGAAAACUACGUUCUUUUAUGCUGGAUGACUCAGGAUUUUGAACUUUAUGCGGCAUUUGAUCCACUUGCUGACAAGGCUCUGGCUAUAAACACCUGCAACAGAGUCUGUCAGUGGGUGAGAGAUGUGGAAAAUGAAAUUUUCCUGCAAGGAGCUAGCCCUUUUUCAUGGUAAAAUUUUCAUAAAUAAAAUGCAUACACAAUGUUAUUUAGUAUUAUGCUUUUAAUGAAAUAC